GGAAACCAGCCCGAGGAAUGGGUUAGGAAUUAGAAGUCAGCCCCAAGGGAUAUCUGUUGAGGGAAGAGAAGGGUCCAUAUCUUGUCCUGCAGCAUCAGGAGCUGGUGGCAUCCAGCUCAGAGUCAGGGACUAGCACUGAGGCAGCCUGGAAAAGACAGUGUGACAGAGGGAAUGCUUGUACUGAAAUGGACAUCUCUCCCCAGGCCGUGAGAAUAGGCUGCCCCUGCAGCUCAGAGGGGAAGGCCAAGGACCCUUGGUUGAGCUCAGCUGUGACACUCUGGACCUUGGGGACAUUUUUGUCAAUACCCCCCAUGUCUGUGAGGUGAACCUGAUCAACCAAGGAGCUCUUGAUGCUCCCUUCAGCUACAUCCCUUCGGCCACAAAGGUGGGCUUGGGCUUCAAGUUGGCACCCCAGGAGGGCAUCAUUGCAGCAGGUGGGAGCCAGACUCUCCAGAUCUCCUUCAGUGCCACCGUGUUGGGGAGGUUUGAGGAAGAAUUCCGGUUCAGUCUGGCUGGAUCUCCUACGCCUGCCAUCCUGACCAUCAAGGGCAGCGUCACUGGACCCAGUUUGCACUUCGACCUCCCUGAGCUCGACUUCGGGGACAUCUCCUUUGGCUUUCCCUACACCCAGCGCUGCCGGCUCACUAACAGCUCCCCGGUGCCCGUGACGUUCCAGCUCCGCAUGUCGUUCGAUGGCACGCAGCCGGCCGUGGACAGCGUCGAUCAGAUCCGCUGCCACAGUGACCCAGCCUGGAGGAAGGGCAUUCACUUGUAUGUGGAGCCCCGGGAGUUUACAAUCACUCCCAGCCGAGGGACCAUCCUGCCCCAGGGACACCAGGACAUCCAGGUGACCCUGUGUUCCAACUCGGUGAUGGAGUUCUACAGGAAGAUGCUGGUGGAUCUGGAGGGUUUUGGCAAGGGAGUGGCAUCAUUGGUCAUCACAGCCAGAUGUCUCGUUCCCAAGCUGCAAGUGUCCCCCCACGUGCUGCAGUAUGAUGAGUGCCUCCUGAAGGUGCCAUAUGAGAAGAAGUUCCUGAUUAGGAAUCCCAGCCACCUGCCUGGCUGCUACGGGCUCAUUGAACAGAAACGCAAGGAGGACGCUGCUGUGCUCUACUCCAGCCCCAGGCCCUGUGGGAUUGUCCAGCCUCACAGCACUGCAGAGAUCCCAGUGCUGGUGGAAGUGCAGGCGCUGGGCACGCAUCGCACCAAUGUUCUCAUCGGCGUGUUCGGGGAUGAGAGAAACCCACUGAGAAAACAGUUAUGGAGCUCUGGACAGCUGGCAGAAACCUCCCCAAGCCCAAGGCUGAUGGAGUCUGGCAGGAUCCCAGCACUACAGCCCAUAGAUGAGCUUCACCCACCUCAAUUCACUCCCCAUCCACCAAAGGAGAUGAGAACAUGUUUGAAUUGCCCAGCGUCUCGAUGGAGGCACUUCAAGGCUGGAAAGCAGGAGGCAGCCACAGCCCUGACUGAAGAGCAGGAUUUGACCCAGUCUUCAGGAGUAGAGGCUUCCAGUAUCCUGCCAGUGUCAGGUGUGCUGCAGCCAGGAGAGAGCCAGCAGGUCUCCUUGCCCUUCUCUGGCCACCUCAACAGCAUCUCCAGUGCCACGGCGCUGUGCCACGUGGAGGGAGGCCCCAGCUCCGAGGUGCUGGUGCCCGGGGAGGCCUCACGUGCCAGCUGCUCCCCGAGCCCCCAGGAGAUCAGCUGUGGCUCUGGGGCACCUCUCAGGGAGAGAAGGGAGCUGAAGCGGCCGGCUCCAAAGCUUGAGGAGGAGACAAAAGCCUUGGAGGAGGAAGAGAGGCAGAAGGAGAAAGAGAAGCAGAAGAAAGAAAAGAAGGGUGUCUCUGUGGGGAAGGAACCUCCAAAAGCAGAGAAGGGGAAAACCAAACCCCCAGAGAAGAAGGAAAGCAAGGCCCCAGAGAAGAAGGACACCAAAAUCUCAGAGUGGAUGGAAACCAAUGCCCCAGAAAAGAUAGAAACCAAACUCCCAGAAAAGAAAAACAAACAUCCAGAAAAGAAGGAAACUAAAUUCCCAGAGAGGAAGGAAAGCAAGGCCCCAGAGAAGAAGGACACCAAAGCAUUAUUAGAGAAGAAGGAAACUAAAUUCCCAGAGAAGAAGGAAACCAAAGCUCCAGAGAAGAUUGAAAACAAACUCCCAGAAAAGAAAUACAAACCUCCAGAUAAGAGGGAAUCCAAAUUCCCAGCAAAGAAGGAAACCAAAGCUCCAGAGAAGAUUGAAAACAAACUCCCAGAAAAGAAAUACAAACCUCCAGAAAAGAGGGAAUCCAAAUUCCCAGAGAGGAAGGAAAGCAAAGCACCAGAGAGGAAGGAAUUGAAAAUCCUAAAGAAGGAAAGCAAAUCUCCAGAGAAGAGAAACAAACCUCCAGAAAAGAAGGAAACCAAAUGCCCAGAGAGGAAGGAAAUCAAAAUCCCAGAGAAGGAAAGCAAGGCACCAAAAAAGAAGGAACCCAAAGCCCCAAAGAAGGGGGAAGCCAAAGUGCCAGAGAAGAGAGAGACCAAAGCCCCAAAGAAGAAGGAACCCAAAGCCCCAAAGAAGGGGGAAGCCAAAGCCUGAAAGAGGGAGGAACCAAAAUCCCAGAGAACCCAGCUGAGCUGGAGAAGAACUCUUUCUUUUAUUCACACAACUUAUUUUAUACCGUUUGCCAAACCUAAUGUGCAACUUUAGUUAGUUAAUAGAUUUCUUAUUAUUAGUUAUGCCAGUUAUUCUGUUGGAUAAUAAAAUAUAUUUUACUUGUGCAUCAAA